UUUCCAUUGAGAACACACCACUGUCAACGAGGCACCGGCACCGCCAUGGACAGCCGACGCCAGCCCGCAGGCCUUUCGGGCGAACAAACGCGAAAGAAACGAAUGCGCAUCACCUUUAGUUGCACCAACUGCCGCCAUAGCAAACAGAAGUGCAACAGGGAGACACCGUGCAUGACCUGUGUCCUCCGAGGCAAGCAGGACAGCUGUUCCUAUGGAGACGCAAUCCCGGGUCGCUCCCACAAGGCCGUCGAGGGCUCGUAUGUCGACGCCUUCUCCAAGGCACCCGACUUCAGUGUCCAAGAAUACCAAUCCGCAAAGGAAGAGACAUGGAGCCCCGACCUGGCUUGUUUCGGCUACUCCAACGUCAACGUGCAUAAUUCGCUGGGCAUUGUCAAGAAACUAGAGAAUCUAGAGCUGGGGAGCAGCCCUCGACCGUCGCAGAAGCAGAGGAACGUCACGCUGUGCCAACCCGCCUACGACAUCUACAAGUCGGUCCUGAAACAACUGCCAUGUUCGGCCUGCGUGAGAGAUCUGGUCGAAGUGUUUUUCGACGAGGUCAACUGGCAGUACACCAUCCUCGAUCGCAACCAUUUCACGGUCAAACUCGAGGAAUACUACCACCAACCCACCUCGCCCCUGUACCAAGCGGAGAGGACAUUUCCCUCCGAGAGGCUGAUCUUUUCGGCCCUCCUCUUCCAGGUCCUGGUCUGCGCCUUACAGUUCCUCCCAGCGGGCCAUUCGGAAAGCCUCCACACUUUCUGCAUAAAAGGCAUUGUUGUGGAUGGAGAUGGACCGUCCGACGAUCCGACGAUGCGGCUCUUGGGCCUCCUCCCUAAAAAUGUCAUCAACUUGGACUACAUAGCAGCACAGAUUUUGCGCACUGCCUGGCUCAAGAACCGCGGCUUGAUUGCGGAAGCGUGGCAUGUCCUCGCACAAGCAACCAUCAACGCACAAGAAAUUGGUCUCCAUCGCGACGAUGGCAAACUAUACGCCAGUGAUGCGGAGAGCGCCUGCGUGGAGCUAUGGGACAUCGUGCUGCGGCGACGUUUGAUGGUGAACCUUUUCCUCUGGGACAGCCAAAUGGGCAUGGUCCUGGGAAAACCGCUCAAUUUUAAAGCCAAUGACUAUACGAUAGUUCCGCCGACAGACUGCGAAAUCCCAAGGAACCGGACAUCUACAGCCCCUUUCGAGAGAAGCGAGUAUGAGAAACCGAAUACAUUCACCGUGCGAUUGCUUGAGUACCAUGUGCACAAGCACCUGCCCCAAAUCAGGGAGCUAGAGCUGGAAGGCCCGUAUCCGCGAGACUAUAGCAAGGUGGAACGUCUGCACCAAGGAGCCCUGGAGUUUAUCGCGACCAUCCCAGCUGUCUUCCGCUUCGACAAUCCCGACACAUCUUUCGACGAAGACUGUCCCAUGCUUGCAUCACAACGCGAGUUCUUCUGUGCAACCAUAUGGCUAUUCAUCCUUCUGCUUCACCGACCAUAUAUCUUUUCGAUCUCCAAGAGCCGCACCGAGAUCAUGAAGGCGGCCAUCCACAUGUUGGACGCCCAGCAACGAUUUUUCGAGUCUCUCUCCCCACACCACUACAAGAUGUUCACCCUCGCUUACUUGACCGUGGAGCCUUGCGUCUCCAUGCUGGCUGUGUUGAUCGCAUUCCCGCACGAAAAUGCGCGGUUGGUCCCAGAGGCCUUCAAAUGCAUCAGGGAGUCCCUUUUCAGACUCAAUACGAUCCGCAACACGAACAAAGUGGCUGGCCAGGGGGCUGACGUCAUUCAGAACUUGCUACUUCGGGCGGAGAAGAACCGACCAUCACCGGUGCUGACUUCAAAGUCUAGCAGUCCUAGAUCUGACGCACACUCUUCGGAACUCUUUGUGACACCCAGCUCGCAUGGGGCGGCUUCUUUCUACCCAGUGGCAGAGCAGCAGCAGCCACAGCAGCCACAACAACAGCCAGCGUUGUUCUGCGGCAAUACCUCGUUUGGAGAUAUGCCUGACUGGAGUACGCCCUUCCAGCAAACGUCGUCGACAGCCCCGCCAGCCACCUCUGGCUAUGCUUUUGAUGCGACUCCUUUUCGGCCCGUCGCGGACCUGACGUACAAUGACCUGGCCAUUGCUCAGCCAUUUCCAAUAGCCGAAGACAAUUUCAAUGGGGGGCCUGGUCCGGGCAGCGGCAGCGGCAGGGCUGUCAAUGAGGUGCCACAGCAGUUUCGCGGCGACUUUGGUGAGGGCUCUUUCUGGAGUUUCGUCAAUAGGGGCUCUACCUAACGAAGUAGCUUCCGAGUCAUGAUCCAGAAUGAGGGUUCUAUGAGGAGACGAGACCCCGGAGUCGACUCUGUGGACACGGUCGGCUGAGACAACCACUCGUCGAGACGACGGUAGUUUGGGAUCGGCUCCGCCACAGUUGCCACCUGCAACAAUGCCUCAUGGCGCAGGCGUUUACUGUUGUUGUUUUUUGCCUUUCUCCCGUAAACGGAACGAUUGCAAGCACUUUCCGCGAGAUCUCGACCGUUGCAUUUGAGGGCUUCUUCAAAGCGACAAAAGUCGUUCGCAUCAAGUCAGUCGACCAGGUCUUUCGGACGACUCUACACACGAUGUUCUAUCCUCGCCGCGCCACGCUAGACUGGGCACUGGCAAACCUGCUAUUUGAGACACUGGUUGUCCAUAAUGAGCCGAAGAGUUUCCUUUGCCGAUAGAUAUGUUGCGACGUUACAAAACACGGUUAUGGCCAUCCUUGCGAGGUGUCAUUUGAUCGGGGUCGAAAUGGGAGUCUGAGGCGGCAAGGAGCCGGUUUGCGUUUAGAUAGACGACGUUGAGAUUCUUCAACACGGAAGGAAGGAAACGGAGUCUCUCGUUCAUACCGACGUGUCAUGAUUUGGAAUGAUAUGAUCAGGAUCUCGAAACGGAGUAGAGCCCGUCCCUCACUUAGCAUAGAACAAACCCGUCGAGUCAACCAUGCUCGUUUGUGGCCCAUCGAGACGCGAUAAAAAG